UCAGGGUCCUUGGGAGCUAUAUUCCAGCGCAAUUACAGGGAGAAGAGGGUGUGGAGGGGCACUAUUCAUAUCCUGCAGUCCCUGAGAGUCAUGACAAUGACGACAGUCAAACCUUGGCCAAGGCGGAAGAAUUGAUAACGAAAUAUGCGGUGUUUUCUGUUAUGUACAGUACGUGAUUUAUAUUGCUACUCAUUCUACUAGUAAGGAUCCUUCAGUAUCAACCUCCAAUCAGCUCAGCCAGUUUAUAGCAGGUGUUUCUAAUUUCCUGUCGAUCAUUAUUGUCGCGAUUAUUUGUUUGUCUGUCAUGAAAACUUGUGCCCCUCCCCCGCCGUUUUCUUGCUCGGUCAUAUCUUCUCAACAACAUCGUCACUUUAGACUACAGUUCUAGAGACAUCCAAUUCACUCACUCUUUUCAUGAAACUGGAGUAGACUCCAAUAAGGAUCUUACUGAGUCAUAAAAAUACGCAAUAAUCCACUACAGACCGUUAUCAUGGCUUCCUCCGAUACCCCAGCUCUCAAGAACGAUCCCAAGUUCAUCUUCUUUACCGACUUUGACGGAACAGUCACCACCGCCGAUUCUAAUGACUACAUGACCGACAACCUUGGCUUCGGCGUUGAACGCCGUCGCCAACUUAACAAGGACGUUCUUUAUGGAAACAUGCAUUUCCGCGACAGCUUCGUUGAGAUGCUGGACAGCGUCAAGACCCCUUUCGACGAGUGCAUCCAGAUUCUUCUCAAGAACAUUAAGCUUGACCCUGGCUUCAAGGAGUUCUACGACUGGGCUCAGGAGAACAAUGUCCCCAUUGUCAUUCUCAGUGGCGGCAUGACCCCUGUCAUUCGAGCUCUACUGGACACUCUUCUGGGUCCUGGUUGGGAUAUUCAGAUUGUCAGCAACGAUGUGAAGGCUCGAGAGGGUAAGACUCUUAAGGAUGAGGGAGGCUGGCAAAUUGAGUUCCAUGAUGACAGUAUUCAUGGCCAUGACAAGUCUAUCGAGAUCCGAAAGUACUCUUCGCUUCCUAACCGACCUACCAUGUUCUACGCUGGUGAUGGUGUCUCUGAUCUCUCAGCCGCUAAGGAGACCGAUCUGCUGUUUGCCAAGGCCGACAAGGACCUUGUUACCUGGUGUGAGAACGAGAACGUUCCCUUCGUCACAUUCCGUGACUGGUCUAGCAUCACUCAGACUGUCAAGGACAUCGCGGCUGGUACCGUCUCUGUCAAGGAUGCUGCCCGUGGCCGUAUCUAAUCUGGUAUGAAUUAAUGACAUGAAAAGGGAGAAUAGGAAAUGGUAUCCGUGGCCAUUCAAAACAUAAAGGAUAGACUGGGUGCGAGCCAUCUACGGAGAUCACAUAGAUUCAUUAUAGAUUCGUGAAUAGACUUGGUCAGCCUGGAUCGAAUCGAUUCCCUAUAUAAUUUCGACCUUGAUGUCACUUCGCUUGUUCAUGCAUUCUCCAAUUUCCUAUUCCCUCUUUUGAUACCGCCUUGUCACUCCGUCCUCUUUUCCUCAGCUGGAAGAAAGUACCAGCACAACAACAUGACAACAAACAAGAAAAUAACAAUCGGAUGAAGGACAAAGGUGCCAAACGCCUGGGCCAGAAGACCCGUAACGAAGGGCGCAAUAGCUCCGCCUGCGCUAUCACAAGCAUUAAUCAUGCCAAUACCAGUCAAAGCCUCCCGCCUAGUCAUGCCUCGAAGGAAAACAGCCGAGGCACAUGGGUAGAUAGGACCAAGGAGAAGACCGACAACAGAUACGGCGAUAGUGUUGCCCACGAUGUUAGGAAUGAGCCAGACGAGAAGCUGAAAAGCAACGGCUCCUAUGAUGAGGCCAUACACAAGCGUUUUCUCGCCGAUUCGCUGCGCAGGGGCAGACAGGAGGAAUCUACCGAUGGUGAUACCGGCCCAGAAACCUGCUGUUGCAUAACCAACUGAAGAAGGAUCACCAUCGCGGUCGUUGAUGAGAAAAGAAAUGACCCAGCCAGAGAUAGAAACCUCGGCUCCCUGGUAGGCAAAGAUGAAGAGUGAACCAAGGAAUACGAUGCGCAAAUUCAUAGCAAGAAAGAUGCUGUUCGACAUAGAGUCUCCAACUUGAGCCGUCUCUCUCUGGCGCGCCGCAGGACUCAACUCCUGUUCGUAUCUCCAAAACGACCACAUUCCUAAUGCGACGGUUAAAGCUCCGAGCACACAGGUUAUGAUAUAGUAUUUAUUCCACACGGUGUUUGCAGCUGUUACGAGCGCGGUCGCAACGAGAGGGCCGAUUGUCGCCCCUAUUCCGUAAGUCCCGUGCUGUACACCCAGCAUGAACGUUCCGUUCUGGAGACCACCACAGAAGAGGUUUCCGAUGGCCACAUUUAUCGAGAUGCUGAAGCCGAUAAAGAAGAAUGAUAGAACGACAACGAUGAAAGGGGCGCCGCAGAUGAUGGGGAUAUAUGCCAGAGUGACGAGAGCCUGGCCCAAACCAAGAAGUUUGGCUCGACCAAGUUUUUCUUUAAGGAUAUCGAUGAACACGGCCGCUGCAAUGAAUCCAAUGGCUUUACCGACGAAUAUGAGGGAUACAGUGGCAUAGCCAAUGCCAUAGUA